UGUGGUCACAACAGUACUCGUGACCAUGGCACGUUCGGAUUUUUUAGAAUUCCGUCUGUGAUUCAGGAAGAGGGCGAGGAAACUCUGAGGCUGAGUACGGAGAAGAGACGAGCACGGCUGAACAACAUCGGCAGGGCUGAUCUAACGGAGACUAAAACCAAAACAGCUCGUGUUUGCAGUAAUCGUUUUAUCUCCGGAGCGCCAGCAAAAUUAUAUGAUGUCUGUGAAGAUUCUCAGUCAUCCAGGUCAUAGUAACUGUGGGUGGUAAAAGAGAGCAACUGGACUUGCUUGAAGAUUCUUGAAGACGUUUCAUCUCUCAUCCAAAAGGCUUCUUCAGUUCUGUCUGACUAGAGAGUAUCAGAGAACUGGUGAUGUCUUCAUGAUGGACGAACACAUCUGAGCACCUGGAGUACACCUCACUGUUCUCCACCAAGAAAUGUGCUUCAGACGGAGAACCAGGCGAGGCUGAAGACCCAGGAAGCAUGGGGCUGAUGGAGUUUUCUACAGCAUUCGUGCUCUUCAGUGUGUUAAUGACAGCGAAGGCACUGAUCGACUCUGAUGAUGUCAUUACUCGGGAUGAGCAAAUUUUCAUCCUGAUUCGCGCACAGGCAAGGUGUGAGAGAAGCAUUCGAGCCCGGCUGAGCAAGACACGAGAAAGUGACUGCAUGCCGGAGUGGGAUGGUAUCAUAUGCUGGCCAAGAGGGAAGCGCAAUCAACUCGUAGCUGUGACUUGCCCUGAGUAUGUUUACGAUUUCGACCACAGAGGUCAUGCGUACCGUAACUGCGAUGCAUCAGGGAACUGGGAGCAGGUUCCCACCAUCAACCGUACCUGGGCUGAUUAUUCUGAGUGCACGACAAAGCUGCAGUCUAACCACGGCAGGAAUGAGGAGGAGGUGUUCAGGCGGCUUCACGUGAUGUACACUACAGGUUACUCCAUCUCUUUGACCUCAUUACUGGUGGCUGUCUUCAUCCUCUGCUACUUCAAACGUUUACACUGCACUCGUAACUACAUCCACACCCACCUGUUCACCUCCUUCAUAUGCCGAGCAGUCAGCAUCUUCGUGAAAGACGCUGUGCUGUACACAGGGGAAGACCCCGAAGCAGAGUACGGAGAAGUGGGAACCCAUGCUCAGAUGGUGGGCUGUAAAGUGGCCGUGACCUUUUUCCAUUAUUUCCUGGCGACCAAUCACUACUGGAUCCUGGUGGAGGGCCUGUACCUGCAUAGUCUGAUCUUCAUGGCUUUCCUGUCUGAUAAAAAUUACCUGUGGGCUCUAACCAUCAUAGGUUGGGGUGUUCCUGCUGUGUUUGUCUCGAUUUGGGUCAGUGUUCGAGCCUCAUUGGCUGAUACACAAUGUUGGGAUAUAAGUGCAGGGAAUGUGAAAUGGAUUUUUCAAGUUCCAAUCCUUGCAGCCAUCGCUGUCAACUUCUUUCUUUUCCUCAACAUCAUCAGGGUUUUGGCAUCAAAGCUGUGGGAGACUAACACGGGGAAACUAGACCCAAGGCAGCAGUACAGGAAGCUGUUGAAGUCGACGCUGGUGCUGAUGCCACUCUUUGGGGUGCACUACAUGGUGUUUAUGGGUCUUCCUUACACCGAGGUCACCGGGCUGCUUUGGCAGAUCCAGAUGCACUAUGAGAUAUUCUUCAAUUCGUUACAGGGCUUUUUUGUGGCCUUCAUCUACUGUUUCUGCAAUGGAGAGGUGCAGGCAGAGGUGAAAAAGGUGUGGCUACGGCGGAGCCUCGCUCUGGAUAUCAAGCAAAAGGCACGUGUAGUCAGCAGCACCGGGGGUGGGAGCUGUUACUAUGGCGGCAUGACAUCACACACCACCACUCAGAGCAUCUGCCUUGGCGCCCAUGGACCAGUCCUGGCUCGGGGUGUGACUGUAGGAGUCAGAGGCCAAUCACACAUUGCUAACUUGCCAGGGUACACACCCAGUGAGACUCCAGAGACCAUAUUACCCAGAGUUCAGCAGUCAGAGCUCAGAAGUGCUGACAGCAUGGGGGCACUGUAUGAUCAGAAUGGGCAAAAAAUUGUAGGACCUCAAGAAGUGGAGGAGGAAUUAGAGAAAGAGCCAUCGCUAUACUUUAUAGCUGAAGAUCAUUCCGGCUUGGUGUCGCUGAAAGAUUUGGAAACGAUUCUCUGAAAAACUUUGUGUGAUAUGUUAUUAAACCUUGGCUGGCGAGCAGGUUUUGUUUUCUCUAGCAAUUGUGAUGUUAAAUGUCUGGAACUAAUGUAUAUCAUCUUUUUAUUAUUUACUUAGUCAAAACUACUGAAAAGUGACCAGCAUUUGUAUUUAGUUAUGAAUAUUUAUAUGAAGAUUAGUCAUAACUAAUUGAAAGCAUUGACAGUAACAAACCCACCGUUAACAUUUCUUCAUUUUGUAGUGUUAUAAUCCGGAACCGAAAUGGACUUAAUUGGUAUUUUACCAUUUGAUUUGCACAAUACUGUAUGUCUAACAUUCAAACAUGCAAAAUAUUUUGAUUGUGACACA